UGCGAAUGACGUCAAUGCCGGAGCGCAAGAUGGCGGCGUUCGGUCGGUGAGCGCUCGAGCGACACGGGAAGCGAGCGAAGCGAGCCAACCGAGCCCGUGAUUCCGAGCAGCGCGACGGAGACACGCGAUGGACGCCGCCGAGUUCAUGGAGAGCAUGGACCCGAGCCUGUCCGAGCUGGGCGACGAGUUCACGCUGGGAGACAUCGAUGAGAUGCUGCAGUUCGUCAGUAAUCAGGUGGAUUUCCCAGAUCUCUUUGAGGAUCAGAUGGGGGGCGGAGCCAUGGCUCCCAUGAAGCCCCUCCCACAGACGGCCCCCAGCGCCAUACUGACGCCCCCGCACACGCCUGUACAGACCAGCAGCCAGACGCAGAUGCAGACGCAGACACGCACACCACCGCUGCUGCAGCCGCGACCGCAGCCAAUCACACAGGUGCAGACGCAGACGUUCCCCGUGCAGACGCUGGCGGUGCAGGCUCCAGCGCAGCCGCAGACGGUGAUGAUCACACCCACGGCCACGCCCUCACACAGAUUCAUCCAGAACCAGGUGAUCUGUCAGCAGAACCCCAGCACCGGCUUCCAGGUGCUCCAGCCGCAGGUGCAGAGCAUCAUGACGUCUCCUCAGAUGCAGCAGAUGACCAUCCAGCACCAGCGUCUCCUGACCCCCGGUCAGACCAUCCAGACACUGUCCACCACACCGGUGCACGCCGUAUCACAGCAGGUGCCUGUGCUGGUGCACCAGCCACAGAUCCUGAAGACGGACUCUCUGGUCCUGACCACACUCAAACCAGACGGGACCCAGGUGCUCUCUACUGUCCAGAACCCCUCGGGAAUCACCACACUCACGGCACCCAUCCAGACCACUGCACUGCAGGUCCCUACGCUGAUGAGCAGCAACAUUCUGACCACCGUUCCCAUGGUGAUGGGGGGCGGAGACAAGCUACCAAUCAAACAGCUUUCCUCGGGCACCGCCCACACAGGGGGCGGGGCCAGGGUGGGCUUGGAGCAGGGCGUGUCCGUUACCGCGGGAACAGGAGGAGUGGUGAAGGAGGGCGAGAGACGGACGACACACAACAUCAUCGAGAAGCGCUACAGAUCAUCCAUCAACGACAAGAUCCUGGAGCUGCGCGACCUGGUGAUGGGCAGCGACGCCAAGAUGCACAAGUCUGGCGUUCUGCGCAAAGCCAUCGACUACAUCAAGUACCUGCAGCAGGUGAACCACAAGCUCCGGCAGGAGAACCUGACGCUCAAGAUGGCCAAUCACAAGAACAAGUCGGUGUGUCUCUCUGAUGACGUGGAUCUGAAGCCGGAGGUGGCCUUUAUUUCUCCUCCUCCGUCAGACUCAGGCUCCAGCUCUCCUCCUCAGCUCUCGCCCUUCUGCAUCGACUCGGAGCCGGGCAGCCCUCUGCUGGAGCACGAGACGGUGAAGAGCGAGCCGGACUCUGUGGGAGUGAUGGACCGCUCUCGUCUGCUGCUCUGCACGCUCACCUUCCUCUGUCUGUCGCUCAACCCUCUUCCGUCUCUGCUGGGGUCCGAGGAGAGGGCGGGGCUGACCACGGCGCACUGGUCCUCUCGCUCGCCCCUCUCUCUGCCGUCACAGAGCUUCGGGGCGUGGCUGUGGUGCGUGUUGCCGUGGUUCCUGGUGUGGGUCCUUAGCGGAGUGGGCGUGGUCUGGGGGUGUGUCCGAGUGCUGUACCUGUGGGAGCCGGUCACGCCCCUUCACUCGCCCACCUCAGUCAGAUUCUGGAGACAUCGGAAACAAGCAGAGCUGCAGCUCUACCGGGGUGAUUACGCGGAGGCUGCGGUCAGUCUACACACCUGUCUGUCCGUCUUGAGCAGAGUGCUGCCCUCCUCCACCCUCGACAUCAUCUGCUCGCUCUCCUGGAACCUGAUUCGCUACUGCCUGCGGAAACCCACCCCUCUGGGCUGGCUGGUGCGUCUGGUUGGAGGAAGACACGAGGGGGAGGAGUCACAGACCAGCUCGAGAGACGCAGCACUGGUGUACCACCAGCUCAACCAGCUGCAGCUCACAGGUAAGCUGGAUGAGCGGCCGCUCUGGGGUGUGUGUGUGUCUCUGAGUGCUGUUAAUCUGAGCGAGAGCGCGGAGGGGAAGAUGCCGGUUCCUCAGAGGAUCCAGAUCUUUGUGACGGCAGCCAUCAGUCUGAGAUCUGCACUGGGGAAACACCUCACCUGUCUGCCUGGUUACCUGCUGAGCUGUGCCGAGGCUCUGGCCUGUCAGUCAGACUCUAAGCUCCUCCCAGACUGCCUGCGCUGGAUCUUCACGCCAUUGGGCCGCCAGUUCUUCCUGAGCUGUGAUUGGUCCGUGAGGCCAGAGAGCAGCGAGCAGAUCUUCACGUCUCAGAGAGAUGAAGCGGACCCCAUCGCACAGCUGCACCGCUGUUUCUGUGAGAAGCUCCUGGAGAGAGCCGUACACACACUGAUCGAGCCGCAGAGCAGCAAGCACGCCGAGGAUGCUGGGGAGUUCACGGGUGUUUUGGAGUUCCUGCAGCUGUUGAACAGCUGUACUGAAGACCCCGCCCCCUUCCCCGCGCUGGCCAAUCAGAGCUCAGCCCCAGCGAGGGACCCCGUGUGCCGCUGGUGGGCGUCGGUGCUGAAGGCUGCGGUUCAUUGGCUGCAGGGCGAUGAUGCGUCAGUGAGGUCACUGCUGGCCGAGGCGGAGCGGAUGCCCAGAGCGCUGCACACACUGGAUCACCCGCUGCCGAAGGCCGUGCUGGCGCUCUGUAAGGCUGUGCAGAUGAGUGUUUGUCCUCAGAAGGGAGAGGGAGUGGUCAGCUGCCUCGGUCACUGCCAGCGCUCCAGCGCUCACCUCUACUACAGUGUGUGUCAGUCACACAACAACACCUGGCUGCACAAGGGGGUGGAGCUUCUGGUGUGUGACCUCCUUCUGACUCUGAGGACCAGCCUAUGGCAGCGUGGAGGCGGGUCUAACGGGGAGCCAGGCCCCGCCCCCGGGUCUCAGCUGGCUGGAUUCCAGAGGGACCUGAGCUCUCUGAGGAAGCUGGGACAGGCUCACAGACAGGCCCAGCACAAGCUGUUCCUCCACGAGACGACGGUUCGACUGAUGGCUGGAGCCAGUCCAACACGCACACACCAGCUGCUGCGACACCGAACACACAACUACAGCACAGAAGGUGACUGUGCUCCGGGAGAGCGGGAGAGGGCUCAUGCUAUCCUGCUAGCGUGUCGUCACCUGCCGCUGCCGCUGCUAACACCGCCGGGUCACCGCGCUCGUCUGCUAGCCGAGGCUAAGCGCACGCUGGAGCGAGUCGGAGACCGGAGAUCCCUGCAGGACUGCCAGCAGAUACUGCUGCGGCUCGGAGGAGGAACCACCAUCGCUGCCACAUAACACACACACA